AUGAUUAGUAGACCAUUAUCAUCAUUAUCAAUAGGUAAAACUAUUUCAAAUAACAUUUUAAAAAAUUCAUUAAAUCUUCAAUUAAAAUCAAAUUUUUUAAAAAAUGAAAUUCCUCAAUCAAAUUUAAUUUCAAGUCAACAAAUAUCAUCAACAUCAAAAUUAUCAAUAUAUAAAUUUAAUAUAAAUGAAUUUAAAAAUCAUUUUUCAACAAAUAGUAGUCAUAAUAAUUCAAAUAAUAAUUCAAAUAAUAAAUCAAAUUUAAAGAAUGAAAAAGAACCAGAAAUUAAAAGUUUUGAAGAAGUUUUUAAAGAAGAAAUGUCAAGUAAAUUUAAAAGUAAAGAUAGAAUAUUAUCACCAAUUCCAAUUUCAAGUGAAGCCAAAUUAAUUUUUGAAAAUAAUAGUAAAUUUACAUAUAAAUUAUUAUUUUUCUGUGGAGUCGUUCAAUUUAUGUUAUUUUUAUUCGUACUUGAAGAUCUUUUUUCAACAGGUAAUCCAACAGCAUUAAAUUAUUGGGCAUUCGCAGGCGCAGUAUUCUUUACGAUUUUAACUCAAUUAAUGGUUAGAGAUAGAUGUCGUAAAGCAUUAGCAUCAAUUCACACCUAUAACAAAGGUCGUGUAAUUGAAUUGACCUCUUACUCUUACACUGGUUUCCCAACUAGAAAAAGAGUUAUAAACAUUAACAAUAUCAUUUCAUCGGCUGCAAAUGAUUCAUUACCAACACCACUCACAAAUCAAAUUGAUAAAACCUUUUUCAUUAGAGUACCAGGUCAAGGUUAUUUCGAAGGUAAAUUAAAAGGUUCAACAAUUUAUGACCCAAUUCAACUCGAUAAACUUAUUAAUAUUUCAAAAGCUGAAAAUACAAUUAAAGAAGCAAAUAAAUCAAUUAAAAAACAACAAAAAAAAAAUACAAAAUAA